GUCCACUCCGACCCCGCCGCAGUAUUCUCCCAUCGCCUCCGAUUUCGUCUCUCCGCUGUCCUCUCCUCUCCUUUCCUUAGUUCUCUCACUCUGUAUCUUCUCGCGCCUGUCUACCUAGAUUAUGACCUAAAUCCGCCCUUGUUGACGUCCGUGUAUACAGCAAUCUAUGGCCGAAGGUGGAUCCUACAAUUUAGGGUUUCGAUUGGAUAUCAAGCAGAUACUGUUAGAGGCAAAACACAGGUGGCUGAGACCUGCUGAGAUUUGUGAAAUUCUUAGAAACUAUGAGAAGUUUCAUAUAUCUGCCGAGGCUCCUAGUAAACCAGUUAGCGGUUCUGUUUUUCUUUUUGAUCGUAAGGUGUUGAGGUACUUCCGAAAGGAUGGACAUAAUUGGAGAAAGAAAAAGGAUGGGAAGACCGUUAAGGAGGCCCAUGAGAAAUUGAAGGUUGGAAGUGUUGAUAUGCUUCAUUGCUAUUAUGCCCAUGGGGAAGAUAACGAAAACUUUCAAAGGCGCAGCUACUGGUUGCUUGAGACGGACCUCAUGCACAUAGUGUUUGUCCACUAUUUGGAAGUCAAGGGUAACAAAACAAACAUCAGCUAUGCUAGAAACAGUGAUAGAGUUGCAUCAAAUUCUGAAAAUGAUGGCUCAAUGUCAUCCAGUUUUUGUGGUACAAGCCCCACCAGCCACUUAUCUUCAGCAUAUGAAGAUACUGAAUCAGAAGGUAAUCAUCAAGCAAGCUCCAGGCUCCAUUUAUACCCAGAGUCUCCAUUGACUGAUGAUGGCCAUUCAGCUCAAUCUAGCUCUUACAAUCAACUUUAUAGUCCAGGAAAUUCUUCCCUGAGUUAUGCAUCAUUGCCAAGGGGUCGUACAGAUGGAGAUUUUGAAGGAGGCAGUCUCUUAACUGGUUCUCAAGCGACCACUAAUGUGGCACCGUGGAAAGAAUAUAUUGGAACUACUACAGGAGAUGAUGCAUACAAACCAGAACUUAUGCCUUCUCUGCCUCUCCAGUCGAACUGGCCGGUAAUUAACAAUUUUUUUGAGGGCACUUCUCUUCCUCCGAAUCAAGGGUUUCUUGAGCAAAAAGAACAGUCUGGGCAAAGGAAUCUUCAAAUGCUCCUCUCUAAUAUAGAGCCUGGAAGUGCUUUGAACCAAAAUUUGGAGAAUCCUAUGCCUACACUAGGAAACGAAAACAAUUCUUUCCUCCUGAAAAAGCCUCUACUUAGUGGUUUGCAAACAGAAGAAAGCUUGAAAAAGGUUGAUAGCUUCUCCCGUUGGAUUGCUAAGGAACUUGGGGAUGUUGAUGAAUUAGAUGUACAAAGAAGUAGUGGAAUUUCAUGGAGUAUUAUGGGAAAUGAAGACGACUCUACUAUGUCAGCCCCGUUGCAAGUGGAUAUGCACACGCUGAACCCUUCUAUUUCCCAGGAUCAGCUUUUCAGUAUUAUUGAUUUUUCUCCUAGCUGGGCCUACUCAAACUUGGAGACCAAGAUUGUUGUCACUGGAAUAUUCCUCAAGAGUGAGCAAGAGUUAUAUGAAUGUCGAUGGUCCAUCAUGUUUGGAGAAGUUGAGGUUCCAGCAGAGGUUUUGGCCAAUGGAACUCUUUGUUGCCUUGCUCCAUUACAAAAUCCUGGAGUAGUCCCUUUCUACAUAACAUGUUCCAAUAGGUUGGCAUGUAGUGAAAUACGAGAAUUUGACUAUCGGCCGGAGCAAAACAUUCACCUUCUUGACAUAAGUAGAGAUAAGGGAGCUCAGAUGCAUCUGUAUCAAAGAUUUGAGAUGAUAUUGGACCUGGAACCCACUGGCAGUCCUAUAAAUUGUGGAAAUGACUUUGAAAAACGGAAUAUAAUCGACAAACUUGUCUCCUUGAUAGAUGAGGAGAGUAACCAUGAGGCAAGGUUGACUCCAGAGAAUGACAAAUCCCAUCUUAAGGUGAUUGGAGAGCUUCUCCUAGAGAGGCGGCUUAAAGAGAAAUUUUACUCUUGGCUUCUUCGCAGAGUAACUGAAGAUGGCAAGGGGCCAAUGGCUAUUGAUGCUGGGGGUCAAGGCGUCUUACACUUGGCUGCGGCGCUUGGUUUUAGUUGGGCUAUCCAGCCAAUGAUCACUGCCGGUGUUAGUAUAGACUUUCGUGAUGCAAAUGGUUGGACAGCACUUCACUGGGCUGCUUUCUGUGGCAGAGAGGACACAGUUGCUGCCCUUGUUGCUCUGGGUGCUGCUUCUGGACCAUUGACAGAUCCAACUGCUGAUUGCCCACAGGGAAGUACUCCAUACGACCUGGCUUCUUGUUGUGGACACAAGGGCAUAUCUGGUUAUCUUGGUGAGGCUUCUUUGACCUCAUUAGUGUCUACACUUAAACUGAAGGAUGAUGUUAUACCGGAAGCACCUGGCUUCGGAGUUAUACAGACAGUUUCAGAACGUUCUGCUGUCCCAACAACUGGGGAAGAAGUUCCGGACGCUCUCUCUCUCAAGGAUUCACUAGCUGCAGUCUGUAAUGCAACACAAGCAGCUUCUCGCAUUCACCAAAUUUUCCGCAUUCAAUCCUUUCAAAGGAAAUGGCGUGGUGUACAGGGAUCUGACGACUUGCUGACUCCAGAAGAGCAAGCUGUUAUAGGUGGUAAAUCAUCCAGGUUGGGUCAUUCAGAUGGUAUGAUGGCCAAUGCUGCUGCCGUACGUAUUCAGAAGAAGUACCGUGGUUGGAAGACAAGAAAAGACUUCCUACAGAUCCGGCAGAAAAUUGUUAAAAUCCAGGCUCAUGUAAGGGGACAUCAGGUCAGGAAAAAGUAUAAGCCAAUCAUCUGGUCUGUUGGAAUAUUAGAGAAGGUGAUUUUGCGUUGGAGGCGUAAAAGAAGUGGAUUGCGUGGAUUCCGAUCAGAUGUUCAGAAAGGGUCGAGCAUGCAGGAGGACAAUAAUACCCUGCCACCACAGGAAGAUGAUUAUGACUUCUUGAAAGAAGGAAGAAAACAGGCUGAAGAAAGGAUGGAUAAAGCACUUGCUAGAGUGAAGUCAAUGGUGCAAUAUCCUGAAGCACGGGCCCAGUACCGUAGAUUGCUAACUGCUGCUGAAGGUUUCCGCGAUACUAAGGAAACUUCGAAUAUGAUGAUCCCGGACAAUGUUGAGGAUAUGGGUUAUGGUGAUGAGGAACUAAUUGAUGUUUCAAGCCUGUUGGAUGACGAAACUUUCAUGUCUUUAGCGUUCCAAUGAUGAUGGAAGAAGAAAGAGUUAUUAGAAGAUAUGGGUUGGGUUAGCUAUCUGUUGUCACUGUCUCAGUCAUCAAACUCCCCAAUGGAAAGAAGAACAAAAAAAAAGGAUAAGAAUAACAGACAGAUGUUAGAAGAAGCUUUGGUGUUUUGUUUUAUUUUGUUGGUAUCUAUCUGUUCUGUUGUAUAUAUCAAUCAUAUCCUAUCUAUCUGUGCGUGGACACAUUAAAGAACAAACUUACUUUAUAGAUGAUGUGUAUAAUGCUGUUUGAACAUUACUAUAUAGAUACAGACAGAUAUAUCUCUA